GCUUCAAUAGAGUAGUAGUUUCGCUCCUUGUAAGAAUUUGUUAUGGGCCGAUUCGUCUCUCUAUCAAGCCCAUCAACAUCACCAAAUAGAAAUUAGAUCAUAAAUUUCUAUUUCUUAGGAAUUAAUCGCGUAUCUCUUGUAUUUCUCUCUCGUAAUUCCUUCAAAAUCCAAAGUGCCAAGAAAGCAGUUGUGAUCAGCUAACUUUCAAAUCGAUGGAGGAAGCGACGGAUAAGUAUACAAAAGAUGGCACGACAGAUAUCCAUGGAAAUCCUGCUGUAAGGAAGGAUACUGGGAAUUGGAGAGCUUGCCCCUACAUUCUUGCGAACGAAUGCUGUGAAAGAUUGGCAUACUACGGGAUGAGCACCAAUCUGGUGAACUACAUGUUAGAUCGGCUUCAUCAAGGAAAUACUACAGCUUCCAACAAUGUCACUAACUGGUCCGGAACAUGCUAUAUCAUGCCGUUGCUUGGGGCUUUUUUAGCUGAUGCUUACUGGGGAAGAUAUUGGACGAUUGCUACUUUUAUGAUCGUCUAUAUCUUUGGUUUGGUACUAUUAACAAUGACGGCAUCCGUCAAAGGGCUAAAACCAAACUGUCAAAAUGGUGUUUGUGACCCAACAACGGCGCAAACUGCAGUAGUUUUCUUGGCACUCUAUCUUAUUGCAUUGGGAACUGGAGGGAUCAAGCCUUGUGUUUCUUCUUUUGGGGCUGAUCAAUUCGAUGAGACUGACGAAUCCGAGAAGAAAAGAAAGAGCUCCUUCUUCAAUUGGUUCUACUUCUCCAUUAAUAUUGGGGCUUUGGUUGCUUCCUCUGUGCUAGUUUGGAUACAGAUGAAUGUGGGUUGGAGCUGGGGAUUUGGAAUUCCUGCGGUGGUGAUGGCUAUUGCGGUUGCGAGUUUCUUCCUGGGGACGCGUUUAUACAGGCACCAGAAACCUGGCGGAAGUCCAUAUACGAGAAUUGCGCAAGUUAUUGUGGCUUCAUUUAGGAAAUCUAGUGCACAGGUGACAAGCGAUAGUUCUCUACUUUAUGAAGUGACGGACAAGGAAUCGGCGAUACAAGGUAGUCGUAAGCUUGAGCACACGGAUGAAUUUAAGUUCUUCGACAAGGCUGCAGUGAUGACUCCAGAGGAAUGCACCACUGGCCCACCAUUUGACCCGUGGCGGCUUUGCACCGUGACCCAAGUGGAGGAGCUGAAGAGCAUUGUCCGGAUCCUCCCCGUAUGGGCGAGCGGCAUCAUCUUCUCGACCGUCUACAGCCAAAUGAGCACCAUGUUCGUCCUGCAAGGCAACACCCUGGACCCCCACAUGGGCCCGCACUUCAAGAUACCUGCUGCAUCCCUCUCCAUCUUCGACACCCUCAGCGUCAUUGUGUGGGUUCCACUCUACGACCGCAUCAUCGUCCCUCUCGCCCGUCGCAUGACUGGCCGUCCGCGAGGUUUCACCCAGCUCACCCGCAUGGGCAUUGGCCUCGUCAUCUCCAUCUUCGCCAUGCUUGCUGCGGGCGUUCUCGAAGUCGUCAGACUUCGUGUUGUGGCGAGACAUAACUUGUAUGAUUACAACGGAUUCGUGCCGAUCUCUAUAUUCUGGCAGGUACCGGAAUACUUUCUUGUCGGGGCGGCAGAGGUGUUUACAUUUAUCGGGCAGCUGGAGUUCUUCUAUGACCAGGCGCCAGACGCCAUGAGGAGCAUGUGUUCGGCGCUCUCGCUGACGACCGUGGCUCUUGGUAACUACUUGAGCACACUUCUUGUUACCAUUGUGACUGCUAUUACUACUAAGAACGGGAAGCUCGGGUGGAUACCGGAUAAUUUGAACAGAGGGCAUCUGGAUUACUUCUUCUGGCUCCUGGCCGUGCUUAGCCUCUUGAACUUCUUUGUCUACCUCUGGAUUGCAAAGUGGUACAGCUACAAGGCGACUGUCACCGACGAUGGGGAACCAAGUGGUUGAGAUGAUCCCCUUAGUUGUUUUAGUUAACAAGAAAUUGCUUGUGAAGGGAUUGGUUAGUCGUUACUGUGUUGACAAAGAUCAGUAGUGCAUCUCUUGUCGUUCUAUUUGGUUCUUUUUUAGUUAUCUAUUUAUUUAACUGUGUUCGCAUCAACAUUAUUUUUCAGAUAUAUAAAUUUAGUUUGCAUGGAUUCUUA